CUGGAAUACAGAACGACAGCUGGGACUGAGAAGGGAACGCUUUGCUUCUAGGAUGCAAUGUGCAGACAAACGAAGUAGCUCAAUAACGGACAUCAAACGGUCAACAUUAAUUCACCACAGUACGUUGCUGCGACACGUGCGCGCUCUGCGACCUCGUAAAAACAACAACAAUCGUUUAGUCAGUCAGAUAGGCUAUAGGUUAUGUCAUGGAUAGCCUACUGACCUUAAUUAGAAGACAUCUACUCAGUACUUAGUCAGUGUGCGUGUCUCUUUCGAUUCAAGCGAAGCGCAUCUGUCAUAUUCAAAAGUCCAAGUACUCUCAAAGGUGAAGCGCGCUGUCAAUGAGAAUCAUCAUCAUCAUCAUCAUCAUCAUCAUUUCUAAUUGAAUCAUGAUGCUGAUGCGCCGGAGUACGCUGAGGUGUUCACUGAAGGAGAUACGGCUAGAUUAGAGAAUUUCCCCUAAAAAAAAAAAAAAAAAAAUGUCCAGCGCUGCCCCAGAAUAACUAUUCCUAAGAAUGUUUUCCGAGCAGGCUGAUUUGAACUACAGCUUUAACAUGAGCGAGGAAGACCGGUUAACUCCUCUGGACGAGGACUGGAGCGACUCGCCGGUGGAGACGCUCUCUCGCGCGGGCUUCAUCGCCCUGUCCGUGUUCCUCGGAUUCAUAAUGACUUUUGGCUUUUUCAACAACUUUAUUGUAUUAGUCCUCUUCUGUAAAUUCAAGAUGCUCCGGACGCCGGUGAACAUGCUGCUUCUUAACAUUAGCGUCAGUGACAUGCUGGUGUGUUUGUUUGGGACGACCCUGAGCUUUGCGUCCAGUGUGCGGGGACGGUGGCUACUCGGACGGAACGGCUGCAUGUGGUACGGCUUCAUCAACUCAUGCUUCGGUAUCGUGUCUCUAAUAUCCUUGGUGGUUCUUUCUUACGACCGCUACAGCACAUUGACGAUGUACCAUAAACGUGGUCCAAACUAUCGCAAAGCUCUUCUGGCGGUAGGGGGUUCCUGGCUGUACUCUUUGAUCUGGACAGUGCCCCCUCUUCUGGGCUGGAGUAGUUACGGGCUGGAGGGAGCGGGAACCAGCUGUUCUGUAUCAUGGACCCAGCGCACGGCCCAGUCCCAUGCCUACAUCAUCUGCCUGUUUAUAUUCUGCUUGGGCUUACCAGUGCUCAUCAUGGUCUACUGCUAUGGAAGACUCCUCUAUGCUGUCAAACAGGUGGGGAAGAUACGCAAGACAGCAGCACGGAAGCGGGAAUACCAUGUUUUGUUCAUGGUUAUCACCACCGUGGUGUGUUAUCUUUUGUGCUGGAUGCCAUAUGGUGUCGUGGCCAUGAUGGCUACAUUUGGCCAGCCAGGAAUCAUCUCACCCGUGGCCAGUGUGGUUCCCUCUCUCCUCGCAAAGAGCAGCACAGUCAUCAACCCGCUAAUAUACAUCCUGAUGAACAAACAGUUCUACAGGUGUUUCCGCAUCUUGUUCUGCUGUCAGAGGAGUUUGAUGCAGAAUGGUCACACAUCCAUGCCCUCCAAGACCACAGUCAUCCAGCUCAAUCGUAGAGUCUACAGUAACACUGUCGCCUGCACAGCCCAGAUCUCCACCGGCAUCCACAACUGCAGCACUCCUGCCACAGAGAGAACCAACCCCCCAGUGGUCAGCCCUUAACCUGAGCCAUCCCAAACCAGGAUGUGGAUGAUUGUCGACCCUGCCUUGUUUUACUGAAUGUAACAGUCUCAUUCCACUGGUUUUCUUGGUCUUGGCCUUUUUCAUCCUUCUCCAUCAACUAGACAACUCAUUCACUCUCCACAGUUUU